UCUUUGAGUAGUUUACCGCCGGCUUCAGUGUUUGUUGAAAUAUGGGAGAAGUUAGUGGUGUUGCGUCUACAUUUUUGAGUGAGGAUGAGUAUUUGUGCAUUCCAGAACAUGUUCGGAAAAAAAUCGACAGCUACUUGCUAAAGCAAACAGAAGAAGUGAAUCUGUAUCGUGCUCUAGCUCUUUCGCAGAAGCGUGAUUAUGAGCAGCAGAUCAGUGAUUUGGAAAGCAACUUGUCAUGCAAAUCAGAAGAUUAUUUUACUGUCAAGAAAGACCUCAGUAAUGCUUUGUGUGAAGCAUCUGAUUUGCAGAAGAAAUUGCAAAGCUUACAGAAUGAAAAUUUAACAUUGCAUCAAAAAACAGUAACGUUGGAGAAGCAGUUUGAGGAAUACAAACUUCGACAUGAUGCAGCACUUGUGGAAAGAGAUAAUGCAAGAAGAGAAUUGGAGCAGAGGUUGUGUGAAAUUCGUGUUUGUCAUAGCGAAAUUGAAUCACUUACGCAAAAAUUUGAUGCAGUUACAACAGAAAAUUGUAGGAUACUCCGUGAAACUGGGUACCUGAAAACUAAAGAAGUGGAUCUAAAAGUCAGGGAGAAGGAGUUAGAUGAUGAGCGUGACAUUCUUAUGCAGCAGAUUUCCAGUCUUAAGAAUGAGAUGAAGAAGACAAUGGAGCAAAAUUCAUAUCUCGAAAGAGAACAUGCUGUGAGAAGAAAUGAAUUUGAAGUGCAUUUGUCACAUAAAGAGGAAGAACUACGGGUUAUUCAAGAAGCUAAUGAAGAAUUGACUGCAACUGUGGAGAAACUCAAAGAGCAGCUAGAAAUUUCUAAGCAGACUAUAGCACAAGAGCGUGAGAAUAUGGAACGUUUGCAUGAGAAUCAUUUAAAAGAGAUUCAAGCGCACAAGACAAUGGUAAAUGAACAUAAGGGCCAAAGGGAUAAUGCAGUCUCCAAAGCACAGUACUUUGAAUACAGAUUAGAAGGUGUACAGAAAGAACUGGAAGAAACUAUGGAACAAUAUGAGAAGAUGGUAGGUUCAGUGGAAGAACAUAACAGUUAUCAUGAGAAAAGGCACAAACAGCUGGAGAAAGAGAAGGAAAAGUUGAAAGAAGAACUAGAGAUUGCAAAUGAGAUGGUGAAAACUGCUUUGAAAGAGAAUUUGGAGCGAGAUGUGGAAGAUCUCUCUCCAUUGUUAGCUUCAGUAAAACGUAUGUUGAAACCUGGUACAAGGCUCACACAAAUAUUUGUUAGCCACGCUGAACUAUUACAAGAACUAGAACAGGAGCAGAAUCGUAAUUGUCGUCUUCAAAAGCAUAUGGAUGCUAUUAUAGAGGAACUGGAAACCAGAACACCUCUUUUAAAGAUGCAAAUGAGUGACCUGACAGAAGCAGUUAAGCAGAAUGCAGAAAUGGAACUCAAAUUUAAAGAAGUGUUGCUAGAACUAAUGAGUUUGAGGAAGUCCAUGACAAAUAUGAGGACUAACUUGAACCCAGAUGAUGACUUUGGUGAAACAGAAAAAAGUGAAAUGCAGCAAGAUACAGUGGAUGUGGAAAAAUCUGACAAUUUCAGAGAUGUUGCUGAUAUUGUUGAUUAUCUACGCACUAGACCACAAUUAGUGUCUACAAAAGAGUUUAUUUCAGAGACAACACCAAAAAGAUUCUUUGGUUCUAACAGUACUGCUGAUAAUGAGAGGCUCUUUCCAAAAUCAUCUUUCGAUGAGGGCAGCCUAGCAAGAAAUAAAAUGUCCUUUGAAGAAGCAGAGAUUUCUGGAGUUACACAACAAGGCCAGCUGGCGUUGUUUAAGCAACAACUAAACCACAUGGCAAAGCAGCUUGAGAGCAAGUCAAUGAAAGUUAUGGAUAUGGCUAUUCAGUCUGAUCCACUACCUCCAGAUGAAAAUAUUGAGAAGUUGCAGAAAGAUCUUGCUGAUAAAGAUGACAUCAUAAAAGACCUUCAGAAGCAAGUAGGACAGGAAACAGUUUUGCGACAACAAUUGGAUGAGAGAACUGUUCAAGGAGCCUCAAUGGCUGCACAACUCCAGGUGGCUCAGGAUGGAUUAAAAGUGUUACAGGCAAAUACUGCUGGCUACAAAACAAAAUUGGUUGAAGUGGAAAAGAAAAGCCGCAAUUUUUCUGCUACAAUUUCAAAGCAAGAAGGUAUCAUCCAGCAGUUAAAACAUAUGCUGGAUGACAUGCAACGUCGUCUUGAGCAUGCUGACCUACAAAUAAGGAAUCUGCAGCGCGAUAAUGAAAUACUGCGGAACGUGCAGAUUCGCUCUGUAGCCCAACAGGAAUUGCUAACUGUUGAACGACAAAGAACUGACUUGUUAUUCAGCCAUCUAGAAAAACUACAAAGUAGUAUUAACCAGUCUGAAGAGGAGGGUCGUUUACGUUUGCAAUCCUCACUUGAGAAAUAUGUAGCUGAGUGUGCGGAAUUGAAGCUGAAGUUGCAGAAAUCACAAGAACAAUCUUCCGAGGAUUCUAGAAGGCUGCAGAAAGAAGUGGAAAAUUCAAGAAAAGAAUGCACUUUGUUAAGUCAGCAAAUUGAGUCCCUUGAACGGCGUCUGACAGAUAAGGAUGUACAGAUAACUGAGCUUUCUUCAGUGAUGGCAAAAAGACCUGCUGAAAUAACUAAACUACAGAGCUGUGAGAAAGAUGAUCAGGCAGAUACACUAAUUAGAAAACUUAAAGAGAGUGAGCUUGAAUUGUCGAACUGUAGAUUAAAGUUACAAACUACAGAAGAACUUUUGGAAACAUCAAGAACACAUUCAGUUAUUUAUAAGGACUCAUGUCUUAAACUGGAGAAGGAUCACCAGAAGCUGAUUGAAGAUUUUAAUUUAUUCAGAGAUAAUUCAACAAAGAGAGAGGAAGAAGCAGCAGUGCAUAUAGCAGCACUUUCUCAACAGAUUGCUGAUCUGAAACAAGAUCUUGAAGCUGCUCGUGCAUUUGAGGUCAAACUUGAGGACUGCUGCAAGGAAUUGGAAAAUACCAAGAUAACAAUAGAAAAUUUAAAAUCAGAACUGCAAGAGCAACAGGCUAGAACCCUUGCUGCUGAAGUGAAGUAUUCACAGCAAUUGCUUGCACAUCGGGAUGAUGAGAAGAUUAUCACGAGUCUUAGAGAGAGAGUACAAUCCUUGGAAACAGAAUUAUCAGAUGUUAGACUUGCUAAAGUAAAAGCGGAAAAUUUAUUACAAAAUAGAAAUGAAGUUUGGCAGAGAAUGGAAGAAUCCUGGAGACAAGAACUACAGUCAUUGGAAAAGCUUAUAGACACCCUCAACAACAGAAAUGAAAACCUGUACAAACAGCUAGGGGAAGUUUCAUCUAGGGCACUGACAUGUGUACAAAUGGGGGCCCCUAAUCCUUCAAAACGAAAGAGGAGUGAUUCUGAAGAAAGAGCACAUGAAGUUUCAGUAAAGGAAGGAGAUGCAACUGGGGAAAGCAGAGAAGAUGGCGUGGAAGAUAAUCAGGUGCCACCACCUUGCAAGAAGGCCCUUCUGAGUGAGGAAGCAAAUGCUACCCCAAAUGUGACAACUGCUGAUGAUACUGAAAAAGACGGAAAUGAAGCAGCAAUUCAGUCAUAUGAAAUAAGUUCCAUUGCCAAAUCAUAUGAAAAACUUAGAAAUAUAAUAAAGACCUUACAUGAAGAGAAAAAUGCUGCCAUUGUAAAAUCCAGGACUUCGGAAGACAAUGUAACUGCUUUGUACAAUCAAAGGGAACUGGUAAAUACAGGGAAAGACAUUACGUCAGAUAAAGAGAAAAAGUUUGAAGAAGACUUGCUGGCAUCUACAAGGCAGUCUAAUAUUUUGAAGAAUGAAUCAUUUAACUCACUCAGUGAAACCAACUUGCGGUUUUGCAAGGAGCGAGAUGAUUUGGAAAAACAAUUGCGAGUGAUGCGAGAGCACUGUGCAGUAUUAGAAACACGCCUUAGUGAACAAGAUAAGACUGAACUUGAAACAGAGAAGGUGAAAGUACGAAUGCUUCAAAAAAGGGUCACUAUGAUGAGAAAAAAGCAAAAUAGAGUGAAUAAACAGAUCAUCAUGGAGAAAUUGUCCCUUCUUCGAGAAAAUGAGUUCCUCAGGCGCACAAAAAGACUGAAAAAUGAAACAAUUGCUGAUUUAAGGAAGCGCCUGAGACAAACCUUAAAUUGUGGCUACAAAAUCCACGUUCCACGUGUUGAAGAGGGUGUGCGUGGAGCACAUGAAGUAGAUCAAUUUAAACAGGGUACUUCUCAGAGUUAUGAAUAUGAAGACACUCGUCAACAUGAGGAGCAAGAGCAGCCACACGAGCAGCAUCACCAAGAUGAACAGGUUCGCUCUGAGGAAGAUGAUGUAUGCCUUGUUGACCUAGCAGAAGAAGAAGAUAAUACUGCUCAGGAUACAGAAGAACCAGAGUAUCAUGACCCACUAUAUACAAAUGAUACUGGUGCACCAGAGUACCAGGGAGAGGAGGACCCUGAAUAUCACACACCAGAAGACGAUAGUCAGUAUCAGGACCCAGCUGACAGUUCUGAGUACCAGGAACAUGCUGGUGAUCCACACUACCAGCAUGUGGAAGAAGACAGCCAGUACCAUCAUCCAAAUGGUGAAGCUGAAUAUGCUAGUGGAGACGAACACCAACCAUAUGUGUGUGGUGUGGAACCAGAUUAUGCAGAAGAGGAUAAUGAGGAUGCAUAUGAUUAUGAAGAAGAAUUUCAGGAUGCUGAAGAACAGGAAGACAUUUUGCAUCAGCAUGAGCCCGUUGAACGUGAAACUGUCAUGACUCUUACAAGAACCAUUCCACCAGGGCAGCUGGAAGAUGUUGAAGAGGAAGAAGAGGAAGAGGAAGAUGAUGAUGUUGAUGAGAAUAUAGUAACAGUCCUGGACAGUGAAGAUGCUGAAUCUGAAGAACACAGUACCAAUGUGAACUUGCAACGUUUACUUCGGAGUGGCAACAUAUCAUUGGUUAAAAGGAAAGACCGGCCACGAAAUCCUAACAUUUCAGGUAAUGGUUCUUAAUGCCACAGAGCACAGUAACCCUGACAGCGUCCUUUGAAGAUUUUGUGUAAUUAGCUGAUCAUGAACUUAAAAUAUUUAUUAUAUGGACAGAGAAUUUUAUUUGUGAACAUUGCUAGAACUUCAGAAGACCUGUAGAAAGAACAUCUUGUAUCUGACAUCAGUUGAAAUGUGGCUAUUGUAUUAGAUGUGUUUGUGUUUCCUAAGAUUUUGAUUUUGAUGUAUAUUGUCAGUGUGGAGGUACAAUACCAGUACCAUACAGAAUAAUAUUGGCACGUUGGUGUGCCAGCUCAUUUGUCUGUCUCGUGUGUGUGUCGUGUGUGUGAGUGUGUGUGUGUGUGUGUGUGUGUUGUGUGUGUGUGUGUGUGUGUGUGUGUGUGUGUCAGAGAAAGUGUAUAUGGCUACUCUUCUUUUUAACUAGAAAGUGUGUGGUACAUCAGAAGAUAUUCUUUGGUAUCAGUCAUUCCAUACCAUUUAUUUUGUAUCAAAACUUUAUAUGUAUCUAAAAUAAAUCACUAUCGAGAUCUCAUCUAUGUAAAAUAAAGUUUCUUACUGAGAAC